CGGCCUGACUGACAGACAACAACAGUCCAAAGUGAACAGACCAAAACUUAGAGUCAGAAGUUCCAGUGAGCUGCAGUGGGAAAGAAAAAGAAGAAUAACCUGACUGGAUUAAUCACAGAGAAGCUGGUUUGAAGAGGAGAGACUGGUUUUGGAUUCAUGGGGGUCGCCAUGAAAAGCCUGGAUCUGCUACUGCUGGCAUGUUGCCUAUGUAGCCUGAGCACCCUGGGAGGUGCAUCUGAUGCCGAGAACACCCUGAUGAAGACGCUCUUUUCAAAAUACAACAGCAAGGUGCGGCCGGCAGAGAGCCCUGAAAAGAGGGUGGUGGUCCGUGUGGGUAUGGUCCUCUCCUCUUUUGUUGGACUGAAUAUGAAAAAUGAAGAAAUGAGCACAAUUGUCGUCAUGAAUCUGGAAUGGACGGACUAUCGGUUGAGAUGGAAACCCAAGGAUUAUGAUGGGAUUGAGGUGCUCAGAAUCCCUUCUGGGAAGGUCUGGCGACCUGACAUAGUCCUCAUAAACAAUAAUGACGGGACGUUUGACGUGGCCCUGAACGUCCACAUCCAGGCUUACAGUGAUGGCAGGGUGACCUGGACUCCUCCUGCGCUCUACCUCAGCUCAUGUGGAGUUCAUGUUACAUAUUUUCCAUUUGACUGGCAGAACUGCUCCAUGCAGUUUCGCUCCUACACGUACGACUCCACAGAGAUCGAUAUUCAAUAUGCACUGGACUCAAAAGGCAAAGAAAUCAAGGAGAUCAUCCUGGACGAGGCUUACAGCGAGGGAGGCGAGUGGAUAAUCAAACACAAGCCGUGCAGAAAGAACAUGAACGAUGAUAACUACGAGGAUAUGACCUUCUACCUCAUCAUCGAGAGGAAGCCUCUCUACUAUGUGUUGAACAUCAUCCUCCCCUGCAUCCUCAUCACCAUCAUCGCCAUCUUCAACUUCUACCUGCCUCCUGAUGCUGGGGAGAAGAUGGGUCUGUCCAUCAAUGUACUGCUCACCCUCACUGUGUUCCUGCUGCUGCUGGCUGAUAAGAUCCCUGAGACUUCCCUGGGAGUCCCCAUCAUCGUCAACUACAUCAUGUUUACCAUGAUCCUGGUCACGUGUUCUGUCAUCCUCAGCGUCGUCGUCCUCAACCUGCACCACCGUUCACCCAACACGCACCAGAUGCCCAUGUGGGUCCGCAGGAUCUUCAUUCACAUCCUGCCCAUGUACUUGUGCAUGCUGCGGCCAAAAGUCGAGCUGCCCAUGUUCCUCCUGGAGUCCGUGCCUCGCCGAGAGAAAAAGAUAGUCAACAUCAGCAAAGGAGCCGAUGAAUACUUCAUACGCAAGCCAGACACCUCCAUCCUGUUCCCCAAACCCAACAGGUAUCAUCCAGAGGGCAUGUGUACCGAUCUGAGGAAGUUCAUCGACGGCCCCAGCAGCUACGUGACUCUACCUGAUGAGCUGAAGUCAGCCAUAGAGGCCAUCACGUACAUCGCUGAGGCUCUGCAGGCUGAGAAGGACUACGAAGCUCUGAAGGAAGACUGGCAGUACGUUGCCAUGGUGGUGGACCGAAUGUUCCUCUGGAUCUUUGUCAUCUUUACCACUGUGGGCACCUUAGCCAUCUUUGCUGACGCUAGCUUCAACCACACACCCACUGACCCCUUCAGAGCCCCAUGAGGCAGCGCCACAUUUGGUUUUCUUGAGUUGCACCCAUUCUGACUUACAAUCUCAACUGACAGAGAGGAAGUCACAGUGUUGAAAUGAUUCUGGCAGUUUCAAUUCCUCUUGACAGUGUUCCAGUUUCUGUGUCAAAAUACAGCAGACCAACACUUUGAGUCUUGCUAAAAUAUCAGCUAAAGAUUGAUCUGAUACUUGUCGGACCCAGGCCCCAUGAAGUGAGAGUCCUGUGCAACCAUCCUUGAUUUAAAAUCUACGCAAGAGAUUUGAAAUACCAAGGUCAUUUUCUUACAUUAAACUUCAAUAAAAGGGCUGAUUAUGUUUUCUGCCUACCCUGAGACAGUUCAUGUUUUGACAAGCUGCAGUGAAGACUUCCUGCAAGGUAUUCCCAACUUUCAACCUCAGUUACAAGAAAAUACAUAUGGAUGAACAUCUUGAGGUUUCUCAGCUGAAUGAGCAGCAGUGUGAGAUACUUUUUAAAGCCUAAAUGUUCCUGCCUUAAUUACAUGAAAAUGUCUCACUGCUUAGAGAAGUUAGACGGAGCUCUAGGUAACGAGUAUUUCAUUUACAGACAGUUCUCAUUCAUUUGCAGUGUUUUUAUGGAGAUAAAUCUUACCCAGUGGUGUGUUUUUCUAGUGUUUUAGGACUCUAGGUUUGAAGACUGCGGAUCCAUGGUUUGAUUCCAAUGUGGUGUUCACACAUAAACACCAAGAGAAACCAAAUGCUAUAACAAGCGAGCCAUAUGCUUUUUAUUUCCUGGGCUGGAAUGUGCUGGAGCGUGGCACAUGCUUCAUGGAUAUUUCUGCUACCAUAGUAAUCCUCUCUGUAUUUCGGGCACUAUAUUUUAGCAUGGAGGAUAUUCUUAUAUUGGAUUGUGGAGCAGCAUGCCAGCCUGCCUCACCAGCUGCACCAAUAGUCUGUGGAAUUCCCAUUAUAUAGGAGACAUCAGGGUCGUCCUUAUGUUCCCGUGGUCUAAUGUAUUUGAAGGGUGAAGAUUUUUAAGCAGUUCCUUUGCAUAUUAAUUAAAAAGAGUGAGAUGGUUGUUUUAUGGGUAGUUUGAAUGAUAAGAGCUCUUUCAGCCCAUCCUGAUUUCAUUGAAAAACUUUAAUAAGAUCAGUAUUUCUAAGCCUUACAAUGAGGUGGGAAAAGAAAGUCCCUGAAACCUCUGCAGCAGUGAUACUCAUCGCGUGGCUCUUUUGUGUCCUCAUUUGAAAUGUUUUUAUUCCCCAUGAAAACCUUAAAAAAGGGAAACUUUGACAUCAGAAAUUAUCUAUUGCAAGUCACCUUUAUAAUUUUGUUUCCCACACUUAUACAGUAGGCCACAGGUGUCAAACUCAAGGCCUGUUGAACAGUUAAGUCCGGCCCACAAGAUGAUCCCAUACUUCUGUUAUAACUGGCCCAUCAGUCUGAGGUCUG